CCGCUGGUGGCGCUGUUUGCUGCUUAUCAAAGUGACAUUUAAGUGACGAAGAAGAAAUUCUCCGGAAGCUACUUGUCGAGAGCACGCGGUGCGUCCGGCCUUUCCAACAGGGCAGCGAGAGGGAACAUGGCCAAAAUCAAGGCUAGAGAUCUGCGGGGCAAGAAGAAGGAAGAGCUGCUGAAACAGCUGGACGACCUGAAAAAUGAACUGUCCCAGCUGCGUGUGGCAAAAGUUACUGGCGGAGCUGCGUCCAAGCUCUCAAAGAUCUGUGUUGUCCGUAAGUCCAUCGCCAGAGUCCUGACUGUAAUCAACCAGACACAGAAGGAGAACCUGAGGAAGUUCUACAAGGGUAAGAAGUACAAGCCCCUGGAUCUGAGGCCAAGGAAGACCAGAGCUCUGCGCCGCCGGCUCAACAAGCACGAAGAGUCUCUGCGGACCAAGAAACAGCAGAGGAAGGACCUCCUCUACUCCAUCCGCAAAUUUGCAGUCAAAGCUUAGAUGCUUUUUCUAUUGACAAAAUAAAAUCUGUGUAAAAGAC